ACGUUGCAGCAGCCGUGAUAUUUUCCGCUUCGGAAUCUGGCCAUUUUCUCCUGCACGCUGUCCCGUGCAUUACUGGCUCGGAGAACAACUAGAAAGUUGCCUCAGACUCCCUGACAUAGGUAGCCUGUCAGCAUAUACGAACAUGUCCAAUCAGAUAGCAUCGCCAGUCGUGGACAGCACAGGCAAGACACGACUCCGCGCCUCGCUCGAACGCGCAAAGAGAGGCGAAGGCCCAAGCAUAGGGCAAUGGCUCGAGUUUCCAGGGUACUCGCUCGCAAGAACCGUGGCUCCGCUGGGCGAAGAUUGGGUUCUCAUCGACACCGAGCAUGGCAACAUCGACGACAAUGAGAUGUACCUCCAAGUCGGCGCUGUCUCGUCGUCAGGCGUCUCGCCCAUCGUUCGCAUCGCCGCAUCGGAGCACUGGAUGAUAAAGCGGGCACUGGACUGCGGCGCCCACGCCAUCAUGGUCCCCAUGUGUGAGACGAAGGAACAAGCCGAAGCCAUAGUCCAGGCUUGUAAAUACCCCUCCCCGCGCUGGCCCCGCGGCAUCCGCGGCGCAGGCGGCAUGUUCGCGCCCGCGGCCUUCAACCAGACGGCGCGCGAGUACCUCGGGCGCGCCAACGACAACGUCAUGGUGUGCGUGCAGAUCGAGAGCCGCCUGGCGGUGCAGAACGUCGAGGCCAUCGCCGCCGUCGACGGCAUCGACAUGCUCUUCGUGGGGCCGAACGACCUCGCCGCGUCGCUGGGCCACUUCGCGCUCGACCACGCGUCCGUGCCCGAGGUCCAGGAGGCGGCGGCCCGGGUCCUCAGGGCCGGGCUGGCUGCUGGGAAGUACGUUGGUCACUUCGCCAUGGGCGCUGAGGUCGCGGCGCAGAGGUACGAGCAGGGGUUCCACUUUGUCAACUGUGGGGCUGAUAUCGUGGCCGUGACGGCGUGGAUGUCGGAGGAGAUGGGGAGGCUGAAGAGUCUUGUUGCGAAGGGGAGGGAGCCUGGGGAGGCGGAGGGGGGGAACUGA